AUGAGAAACGAGCCUGACCCCAGCACUCUGGGCUUCAUCAUCUCUCCGUGGUCCCUGCUGCUGCUGCCCUCUGGCAGUGUCUCCUUCACUGAUGAGGAUGUCUCCCAGCAAGACCUGCGAGCCUUCACCGCCCCUGAGGUGCUGCAGAACCAUUCCCUCUCCUCCCUGUCCGACGUGGAGAAGGUCCAUAUUUAUUCCCUGGGUAUGGCACUCUUCUGGGGAGCUGACUAUGAAGUUCCUCAAAGCCAGCCCAUCAAGCUGGGAGACCACCUGAACAGCAUCCUGCUGGGCAUGUGUGAGGACGUGCUCUACGCCCGGGUGUCUGUGCGGACGGUGCUGGACGCCUGCAGUGCCCACGUGAGGAACACCAACUGUGCUCCUUCCUUCUCCUAUGUGAAGCACUUGGUCAGGCUGGUGCUGGGGAGCCUGUCUGGGGUGGAUCAGCUCUCCUGCAACGGAGACAGGAGGCUGCAGCCCGACAGGAGCCAGGCCAUCCGGGAGAGGCUGAGGGGAAAAGGACUUCCCACAGGUGAGAGCUGCAGUGCUGUAAGCACAGCCGACGGCCGCAGGGCUCCCUUCUGCCAGCGGCCCCCGCUCCACAAAGGACUCAGCAAGUCCCUGGGCUUCCUCUCCAUCAUCAGAGGCACACAAGGGGAGGAGGAAGAGUUCCUGCAGGGCCUCUCAGCAGCCUCCAGCUCGGGGCAGGAGGAUGGCUUCUGCCCUCACGGGUGCAGGGGCGGCGAGCCGGGCAGGAGAGGUGCCCCCGGCGCCGCCGCCCCCAGGCGCAAAGUCUGGGCUUCCUCCACCGACCUGCUGUGCUCCAGCGAGCAGGCAGCCGAGGGGGAGCCCGCUGGGGGCUGCCCCGGGCACGGCCCGCGGGGGGAAGCGCCCCCAGCCCGGCCCCGUGCCGCCGCCAGGAGCAGGGAAGCCAGGCACUCGGACGGCGGCGUGGCGCCCGACCUCUUCGGCCCCCAGAAGCCGGAGCCGGGGCGCCCCGGGGCUGAGCCCUCCACCUCUGCCGCCAUCUCCAGCGCCUUUGACAGGAUCAGGGAGAGGCAGAAGAAGCUGCAGCUCCUGAGGGAAGCUAUGAACGUGGAAGAGCCCCUCAGAAGGUACAAGUCCUACCACAGUGAUGUCUACAGCACUUCCAGUGAAAGCCCCUCUGUGAUUUCUUCAGAGCCAGAUUUCAGGCAAGUGAGAAGAAAUGAAGGCUACAAGAGGGACGAUGGCAGCGGAGCCGUGCCGGGCACCGACGACCUCUCCACGUCCAGUCAGGCUCAUUCUCAGCGGGCAAGGCCCCAGGAAGCAGCCCCUGAGGGCAGCCUGCUGAGCCAGGGAGCGAUGCUGAAGCGGCAGGAGGAGGAGAUGCUGCAGCUGCAGGCCAGAGUGGCUCUCAGGCACUCCAGGCCCAACCACUACCCAGGAGAUGCCCUGAGGUCCUCAGUGCUUGACAUCACCAGAGACCCUCUGAGGGAGAUAGCCCUGGAGACAGCCAUGACACAGAGGAAACUGAGGAAUUUCUUUGGCCCUGAGUUUGUGAAGAUGACCAUUGAGCCCUUCAUCUCCUUGGACCUCCCCAAGUCCAUCCUGAGCAAGAAGGGGAAGAGUGAGGACAGCAGGCGCAAGGUCAGCGUCCUGAUCCUGAGUGGGCAGAAGCUGGAGCUGACCUGUGACACCAAAACCAUCUGCAAGGAUGUCUUUGACAUGGUGGUUGCCCACAUUGGCUUGGUGGAGCAUCACCUCUUUGGCCUGGCUACUCUGAGAGACAAUGAGUUCUUCUUCGUUGACCCUGACCUGAAGCUGAGCAAAGUGGCUCCAGAGGGCUGGAAGGAAGAGCCCAAGAAGAAGAACAAAGCUCCUGUCAGCUUCACUCUCUUCUUCCGCAUCAAGUUCUUCGUGGAUGAUGUCAGCCUGAUCCAGCACAGCCUCACCUGCCACCAGUACUACCUCCAGCUGAGGAAGGACAUCCUGGAGGACAGGAUGCACUGUGAUGAUGAGACAGCCCUCUUGCUGGCAUCCCUGGCUCUGCAGGCUGAGUAUGGAGAUUACCAGGCAGAGGUGCAUGGCCUGUCCUACUUCAGAGUAGAGCACUAUGUCCCAGCCAGAGUGCUGGAGAAGCUGGAUCUGUCCUACAUCAAGGAGGAGCUGCCCAAACUGCACAGCACUUACCUGGGGGCCUCUGAGAAGGAGACAGAGUUGGAGUUCUUGAAGCUGUGCCAGAGGCUGACAGAGUAUGGGGUCCAUCUCCACCACGUGCUGCCUGAGAAGAGGUCCCAGGCAGGGCUCCUGCUGGGGGUCUGCUCCAGGGGCGUUCUCGUCUUCGAGGUGCGCAACGGCUGCCGCGCCCCGGUGCUGCGCUUCCCCUGGAGGGAGACCAAGAAAAUCUCCUUCAGUAAGAAGAAAAUCACUCUGCAGAACACAUCAGAUGGCAUCAAGCAUGCCUUCCAGACUGACAACAGCAAGACCUGCCAGUACCUCCUGCACCUCUGCUCCUCCCAGCACAAAUUCCAGCUGCAGAUGAGGACCAGGCAGAGCAACCAGGACACUCAGGACAUUGAAAGGGCCUCCUUCAGGAGCCUGAACCUGCAGGCAGACUCGGUGAAGGGCCUGAGCAUGGGCAGGGCCAUCAGCACCGGCAGCCUGGCCAGCAGCACGCUGAACCGCCUGGCCGUGCGCCCGCUCUCCGUCCAGGCCGAGAUCCUCAAGAGGCUCUCCUGCUCCGAGCUCUCCCUCUUCCAGCCCCUGCAGGGCUCUGCCAAGGACAGGAAGGACAAGGCCUGGUGGGAGGACAGGCCCAGGGUGAUGAGCAAAUCCUUCCACGACCUGAGCCAGAGCCACGUCUCGGCCUGCCCCCCGCGCAGGAACCUGCUGGCUGCUUUGGACUCUGGGCCCCAGAAGAUUGAAGACCUCAUGGGGAGAGUCUUCCAGCAGCUGCCCAGAUUGGAGCCUGGCUCAGCAGCAGCAGCAGGAGCAGGAGGAGCACCCAAGCUGAGCAAUUCAAACUCUCAUGCAGGUUUAAGUAGAAGCCCUGGGAGCAAGCAAGCUGAAUCAGACUCCUCCUCCAUGGAAGACUGCGGCCAGGCCUAUGUUGUAGGUGUCAGCAUGAACACUUCAGGAGCUCUCCCAUCAUUCACACUGUCAAAAGAGAGUGAUGACUCUCUGCCAGCAGCACAGAAGAGAGUUGCCUCACCAGAACGAGAGAUCACUUUGGUGAGCCUGAAAAAGGAUGAGAAGCUUGGCUUGGGCUUCCAGAUCGUGGGCGGCGAGCGCGCCGGGAAGCUGGACCUGGGCAUCUUCAUUCACUCCAUCGUGCCUGGAGGCCCAGCUGACCUGGAAGGCUCUCUCAAGCCAGGGCACCGCCUGAUAUCGGUCAACAGCACCAGUCUGGAAGGUGUCAGCCACCACGCGGCGCUGGAGAUCCUGGAGAGCGCUCCUGACGACGUCACGCUCGUCAUCUCUCAGCCCAAGCCAGCCAGAGCAGCAUCUCACGCUGCACACAGCAGCAAUGGAAGCAGGAGCUACUCAAGGAGGCCAUCAUCAGUGCAGGACAACGAGGCAGAGUCCUCUUCAGAAGAGCACAACCACUCCUGUGGUCACCAGAGGCCGGGCAGCCUGUCUGCUCUGUCUGCAGGCAAGCGGGGCGGCAGCCUCAGCUCCCAGGAUUCCAGGACGGAGAGCGCCAGCCUGUCUCAGAGCCAGGCAGCCAGCUUCUUUGGCAAGGCUGGAAGUGGUAGAGCCCAGCAGGAGGAUCCUCAGCAUCACUCCCAGGCUGGGCUCUCCAAACUCAACGAGAAGAGAAGGUCCUCGUCCGACAGCCUCCGAGCCAAAGCGAAGAGGCCUGGGGCGGUGGAGGCCGUGGAGUACUCUGACCGAGGGGAUUCUGACAUGGAUGAAGCAACUUACUCCAGCAGCCAGGAGCAGCAGCCAGCUAAAAAGGGCUCUUCCCCAGCGCCCUCGGGCCCACGGCGGAGCUGGCAGAAGGCUGCCGGGAGCCCUCUGCAACCCGGCGAUCGCUUUGAGGUUGAGCUAGCCAAAAAAGAGAGCGGCCUGGGGAUCAGUGUCACGGUACUGUUUGACAAGGGUGGUGUCAACACCAGCAUCAGGCAUGGUGGCAUUUAUGUGAAGGCAAUCAUUCCUAAGGGAGCAGCUGAAGCAGAUGGCAGGAUAGAAAAAGGUGACCGUGUCCUCUCCGUCAAUGGCAUCAGCCUGGAAGGUGCUACCCACAAGCAAGCUGUGGAGACACUGAGGAACACUGGGCAGGUGGUGCAUCUGCUGCUGGAAAAGGGUCAGCUUUCAGUGGCCAAGGCUCAUGCUCCAGUGACCCCCCAGGGCACCCCUCCCAGUCACCCAGGGCAGUCUGAUGCCCAGGAGCAAGCAGCCACGAGGACCUCCCACGCCAGAGAUUACAGCUUUGUCACUCCAGAGAACACCUUCGAGGUGAAGCUGCUGAAGAACAGCUCCGGGCUGGGCUUCAGCUUCUGCCGUGCGGCCGAGCCGGGCGCCGCGCAGCCGGGCUGCAGCCUGGUGCGGGUCAAGAAGCUGUUCCCCGGGCAGCCGGCGGCCGAGAGCGGCCAGCUCCAGGUGGGGGACAUCAUCCUGCGGGUCAACGGCGCCCCCCUCGGGGGCCUCUCCCAGCAGGAAGUUGUCUCUGCCCUGAGGGGAACCUCUCCAGAGGUGUCUCUGCUGCUGUGCCGGCCCCCCGCCGGAGCGCUGCCCCAGCUCGACCCCUGCCUGCUGCCCCCCAUCCAGUGCCCCCUGCAAGCGUUCCCCGAGGCCAGCAGAGGCGGCUGCGGCGCGGGCAGCGGCGAGCAGGGCGACAGCUCGGACGAGAACGACGCCGCCGAGCUGGGCGGCCGGAGCCUCGCCUCCCCCUCCCGGCGAGACAGCUACAGCGCCAGCAGCGGGAGCGCCGACGAGGAGGGGCUGGAGCCCGCAGCGCAGGGGCGACCUGCGGGGUGCCCAGCUGCGGGUGAAGCUGGGAGCCAGGCUCGGGCAGCGCAGGGGCAGGCCGCCCGCGCCGCCCCGCACGCCGAGCCGGGGGCUGCCGGCAGGGCAGAGCUGCGGCACGGUGAUCUGCUGUUGGAUUUGCCACCCACCCCAACCUGCAGGACUGCUCCUGAGCUUCCCACAUCUCUUCUGCUGAAGGACUCUGCUGCUGCUGCUCCUGCUGCUGAGCCAGCCCCAGCCCUGGCAGGAAUGGAUUCCCUCCUCAGCCAGCUGGAGAAAGGCCCUGAGGAGUAUGAGCCAGAAGCUGAGCUCCAAGUCACCAUGACCAAGUCAGAGAAGGGCAGCCUGGGCUUCACAGUGACCAAAGGCAGUGACAACGUUGGCUGCUACAUCCAUGACAUUGUCCAGGACCCUGCCAAGAGUGAUGGGAGGCUGCAGCCUGGAGACAGGCUGAUCAAGGUGAAUGACCUGGAUGUCACCAGCAUGAGCCACACCGACGCCGUCAGCUUCCUGCGCGCCGCCCCCCGCACCGUGCGGCUGGUGCUGGGCCGGGUGCUGGAGCUGCCCAAGAUGCCAGUCCUGCCCCACCUGCUGCCUGACAUCACCCUGACCUGCCACAACGAGGAGCUAGGUUUGCUGUUGUCAGGAGGUCAUGACAGCCUUUACCAAGUGGUGUACAUCAGUGACAUUGUCCCCAGCUCUGCUGCUGCCAGAGAGGAGAGUCUCCAUGCACUAGAUAUUAUCCAUUACAUUAAUGGAGUAAGUACCCAGGGGAUGACUCUGAAAGAAGCCAAAAGGAUGCUGGAAACACACCUCCCAAAAGUGGUGCUCAAAGCAACCAGAGAUGGCCAUGCAGUGCUUCCAAAGUCCAAGAGCCUUGCUGGCUCUGAGCCCUGGCCAGGCCAAGCUAAUGGCUGCUGCUGUGCUGAUCCCUGUGACAGAGCAGAGGAGCCAGCUGAUGCCUGUGGGCCCCAGCUGAAUGGCAAUGGCUCCCUAGGACCUCCUCAGGCAAACCCAGGCAACAACCUGCACCAGCCUCCAGGGCUGAUGGAUCCCUCAGCACCUGCAGCUGCUCCUUCCCUUGGCUUUCCCAAGCCAGGCUCAGAGCUUUCCAGGCACUGUGACACAGCAGAAGCAGAGCCUCCAGAGGAGGACUCCUAUGAUGAGGAUGACCACAAUGAAGUUGUGCAGUACCUGCUGGAUGUGGUGGAUGAGGAAGCCCAGAACCUCCUGAACCGCAGCAGUGAGACUCCAGAGGGGCAGAAUCUCCUCCAGCUCCAGAGGGCUGCAGCCAGGGAGCCCCUGCCAGCAGAGCUGAAUGGCAAGCUGGCAGAAGACAAGGCUGAAGACACAGACUGUGAUGGCUCAUCUCUGCCUGAAGACCUUUCUGAGGCAGCUCAUGUCAAUGGUUGUGAGGACUGCUGUGAAGGGCCAGCCAUGCCAGCAAGGUCUCCUCCUCCAGCACCUGCCUUGAGCCAAGCAGAUGAAGAUGAAGUCACCUGGGGGAGCGAGGAGCUGCCCAUGGAGGCAGCCAGCCAGGAGCCUCCCACUGAAGGUUGCCCUUCAGUGCCAAGUGAAGAGCUCUCUGCCCUCCCUACUGUGAAUGUGCUGCCUGGGGGCAAGUACUCAGGGGCCCAGCUGAAGUCGGUGAUCAGGAUGCUGCGUGGAUUGCUGGAACAGGGAGUCCCUUCCAAAGAGAUUGAGAACCUGCAGGAGCUAAAGCCUCUGGAUCAGUGCUUGGUUGGCCAAGCAAAGGAGAACAGGAAAAAGAACAGAUACAAAAACAUUCUUCCUUACGACAGCACCAGGGUGCCCCUGGGGCGGGAGGGAGGCUACAUCAACGCCAGCUUCAUCCGCAUGCCCGUGGGCGCCGAAGAGUUUGUCUACAUCGCCUGCCAGGGGCCCCUGCCCGCCACCGUGGCAGACUUCUGGCAGAUGGUGUGGGAGCAGGAGUGCAGUGUGAUUGCCAUGAUGACUCAGGAGGUGGAAGGAGAGAAGAUCAAGUGCCAGCGGUACUGGCCGGAGGCGCUCCACAGCAGCACCCUGGUCGGCCAGCGCCUGCGGCUGGCCCUCGUCGGGCUGCAGCAGCUCCAGGGCUUCGUCCUCAGGGUGCUGCAGCUGGAGGAGAUCCAGACAGGGGAAGUGAGGCACAUCUCCCACCUCAACUUCACUGCCUGGCCUGACCACGACACCCCCUCCCAGCCAGAGGAGCUGCUCACCUUCAUCUCCUACAUGAGACACCUGCACAGGGCAGGGCCCAUCGUCACCCACUGCAGCGCCGGCAUCGGCCGCUCCGGGACCCUCAUCUGCAUCGACGUCGUCCUGGGCCUGAUCAGCAGGGACCUGGAGUUCGACAUCUCGGACCUGGUGCGAACCAUGCGGCUGCAGCGGCACGGGAUGGUGCAGACAGAGGAUCAGUACAUUUUCUGCUAUCAAGUCGUCCUCUACGUCCUCAAUCGGCUCCAGCAGGAGGAGCAGCAGAAGGCCACGUAGGAGUGCUUGGAAAACCAGGCAGCAAGGACCCCCCCCAGAGGCUUCCAUGAGUUUCCUUUCCCCUCCCAACGUUCCCCAGCCCCUUCCUCCUGCUGUCUGCUCUUCCAGAGCCUCUCCAUCACCCCAAGCAAGGUACAGAGUCCAAAGGGGAAAGGGAG